UGGAGACAGCCCCAGGUCUUCGGACAGCAAAUACUGCCAGCUUGGCAAGAGGCACGAUGGAUUUGGGGGCAGCUCCCACCCCCACGGGUAUACCUGCAUCAUCAUCCUCCUUCUCCUCCUCCCUCCCCACCAGCCACCUGUACUCAUCCCCCGCGACAGUCUUGUCCCCAACGCCCAUCCUCAUGAGCCCUGGCACCACACAGCCACCGAUGCUGACCAAGGAUGUCCCUUCGCUGGGGACGCUGGCCAUGGCAUCAAGCCUGGCCGCGGAGCCAACGUCCCCACCAGUGACUGUGACAAGCCCCACCGCAGCCGAGGCCGUGGCCACCGACAAAACCACCCUUUCCACCGGAGUCACAAUGGAAGAGGUCCCGCGCGCCUUGAGCGCAGGGAGCAUCGUGGCCAUAACCGUGACCGUCAUCGUGGUGGUGGUGCUGGUUUUUGGGGCAGCGGCAUACCUCAAGAUCAGGCACUCCUCCUACGGCAGGCUUUUGGAUGACCACGACUACGGCUCCUGGGGCAACUACAACAACCCUCUCUAUGACGACUCCUAG